GCUGCGCCGCCCGGCAUGACGGCGCACAACCGGCCGCAGCGAGCCGCGCCGACCAUCGACCUGAUAACGACGGCCCCCGGCGGCGGCGGCGGCGGCGGCGGGCGGCCGGGCAGUCCGCGCUCGGUCCCCGUCCGACUCACAGCGCCGCCGACCGCCCGCAGGCUGUUCCGCCUCGCCUCCGCCGCCGCCGCAGCAGCCAUGAUGAUCAAAGGUACCGUGGUGGUGUACUCUAUACCGGCGUGCCCGCACUGCCGCACGGCCAAGGCCACGCUGACCCAGCGCGGCCUACAGUACGUGGACGUGGACCUGGAGCGGUUUCCCCAUCUGCGGCCCUGGCUGCGAGAGACGACCGGCAAGACCAGUGUGCCGCAGAUCUUCUUCAACAGCAGACACAUCGGCGGCAACAGCGAACUGCAGGACCUGGUGGACGACGCGAGUCAGUGGGAGCAGCUCGUCACCCUUCUGGAGCAGACCGAACUCAACCCGAGCGAUGCCGGCGCGCCGCGAAUUCCCAAACCGGAGGAGGCCGUCACCACAUCGGCACCUGCGGCCGUGCUGCCGGUCGAGUGUGAGAAGGACGAGCUGUCCCGUCUGGCCAUCGACCUGCACGACCGGUCCAACCUCAUCAUGGACCACCGCGUCGGCCUCUUCACCAAGAUCAGGGACUCCUUCUCCGGCGAGGCCUUCGUCAACUGGAUGAUCAAGGAGAAGGAGAGCGACGAGGCGAAUGCCCUGGACAUGGGCCAGCAGCUGAUGGACAAACACUUCAUCCAGAACGUCUCGGGCGGAGCCGACAGCACCAAGUUCGAGGGAUCGGCCAAGGCCUUCUACAGGAUGACCGAGGACGACAACCAGGGCGCGCUGAACUCUGGCGAGACGGCCGGCUGCCCGCCGCUGCCGGCCGGAGAGCUGGCCGAGAACCUCCGAAAACUGAUGCUCACCAUGUACGCCGAAAACAUCAGUCCCGACGGCAAGUCGGUGAACUACGCCGGCAUCAAGGCCUCAGACAACUGGCGUAACUACGUGCGGAUGGCGCGUGAGCUGCAGCGAGUCGACAUCUUCGGCCUCAACCGCGAGGAGAAGCUGGCCUUCUUUAUCAACGUGUACAACGCACUGGUUGUGCACGGCAACAUCGCCACCGGCCACCCGACCAACGUGUGGCAGCGCUGGAAGUUCUUCAACAACACGGCCUACGUGCUGGGCGGCAGUCCGUUCACGCUGCAGGACAUCGAGAACGGCGUGCUGCGCGCCAACAAGAAGGGAGUCGGCGCGCUCAGCCCCCAGUUCUCCAAGGCCGACCCGCGCCGGCGACUCUCGCUGGAGCGCGCCGAGCCCAGGAUCCACUUUGCGCUAAACUGCGGCGCCAAGAGCUGCCCGCCCAUCAAGACCUUCUCGGCCCAGAACAUCCAGUCAGAGCUGGACCUGGCCUCGGCCUCCUACCUAGAGACGGACGACGGUAUUCGUCUGGAGCCGGCCAAGGGCGUGGUGCACCUCUCCACGCUGCUCAAGUGGUACCGCUCCGACUUCGGAGAGGACGACAAGGAGGUUCUGACGUGGGUGCUGAAGCAUCUCACUGGCAAGAAGGCUGAGCAGCUGAAGCAGAUGCUGGACAGCGGCAACUUCAAGAUCAACUACAUCCCCUACGACUGGACCAAUAACGCCAAGUAGGCGGCUGGCUCCUGGAGCGGUCUGCCUCGGCGGGAAGGCGCUCUUCUCCUCACAGCGGUGUCCAGAAAGGGUCAAUCUAACCUCUGGAGAAGGCAGAGGGCAUGGCUCUUCUGAUUAUCACCGUUGACUGCAUGAGAGGGCAGACUCGGAGCAGGAAUCGGCUAUCGAGGUAGGUACCGUCUAGGCAGAACGGGGAGCUGUCCGAGCUGGGCUGGGACGGACGUUCUAUAUACCCUGCUGGGACGUGCCGCAGGGCCUAUUUUAAGACAAUUGGACUGGGGUGGCCAGGCAGUGGUGGCGCCCCUGUCUCUUGUGUGGGCGCCCCCCCCCCCCCCAACUUUCAAUUUUACUUUCAACCAACUUCACCCCAUUGUUGCUUGUAGAUAAAUAUAAAUAUCUCGCCACGCCACUGCCCCGAGACGCUGUCCAGAUUUUGAAUCGCUUAUGGCUCUGUAGUCUGUACCUAUGCCAAGAAAGAUGCAUUGCUAACCAGUGUUGUAGCUAGUUCAUAGGCGGCGGAACGGGGGGGGGGGAACCUGGGCACCGUUCCCCCUUUGAUUUUGGCAUUAACCCUCGCCCGGCGAGGGGGGGGGGUUGAUGCAACCCCCCUAAGGUUUUUCGCAAAUAACGUAAAAACGGCGGCGCAUGGUGCCGUCAAAUUUGGCAUACCCUCUGGGGCAACAUUUUCGCACCUUUCUUGAAAAUUUGAAGUCCCAGUCUUUUCAGGUCAGGUCACCAGGUCACAAAAACCGGUACAAGGUCAGGGGAAAAUUGGACUAGCUUAGCGGCAACUGAAUUCCAGAGUUCGCUUAAAUUGGCAACAAAGUAUACCAUUCGAUGCGCACGGACGUCCUGAGUUCACUGGUGCGUUUAUUUUUGCUCUAUCUUUUUUAGGUAAAAAGUUAUAAGCGAAAAACUUUUGACAUGUUUUAGCAAAUUUUUUGCACUCAUAUCCCCCAAAACCCCCCUAAAUCUUGACUUAGAGUCACCAAACUUUUACAGGGGCGAGAUCUCCUAUGGAUCCACCUACUCUGUAAAUUUGGCGUUUCUAAGUGCCAUAGGAGCCAACACAAAUCUUGAAAAUGAUAGUUCUUAUCUGAAAUAUAUGCUCAUUAGAUAUUCAAGUAGGUUGCUCCUAAAUAUUGUAGUUCUAGCUUCAAAAACAUGGAUGUUAUGAAUGUCGAUAGGUUUCGCGAGGCUACACCGGCCGGAUCGCCCACUGUGCAGUGGUGGUAGGGUGCCUCGUGGCGGUGGGGUGCACCAGAAACUUAGGGCGCCCCAGCACCAGCGGAACGUCACAUUAUGUGUUACGACGCCCCAGUAGUGGUACGGUGUCCCAUCACCGUUCCGUGCUUCUAUCCUCAGGAUACAGAAAUCCUUCUCCUCCACGCCGCAACCCCCCUCCGGGCUGGACAGGCAAUUUUAUCUCAUGCAGGCUGCUCCCUUGGAGCGGCACCGCUGCUACCGAGGGAGCGCACCCCGUAGCCGGGUGCAGUGAGUGCCUUGGGGCUGGGAGGCCUGUCCUCUGGACGGGCUCAGCCCCGGCGACUCACUAUAGGGUGCCUGCCCAGACCAUGUGUCUCCCCCUAUGUCCUAUCAGCCUUCCGGCUCUGAAAUGGUCUCAUUGGACCGAAAGGGCCUAACCCAACAAAACAAACAAACAGUGUCCCAUUUCUGAUAGGGCGCCCAAAGGUGGUUGGCGCCCCAAUCGUGUCUGGGCGCCCCAAUGUUGAUAGGGCUCUUCAGUCAUGGUAGGGUGCCCUAUUACCGGUAAUGUGUCCCAAUCAAAGUAGGGCGCCACAGUUGCGGCAGGGCGCCCCCAGUAGUGAGAGGGCACCCCAUUGGUGGUGGUGGCGCCUCAGUGAGCCCUUUUCCCCUGUCAACCUGAGUUGCGCCUCAAGAAUGUGUCGCCUCCGUGAUUGUCGGCAGCUAAUAUCUGUGGGUAGAAGUUUGGGCUGUUUUUCACUGGGGUGGCAAAGUAAGACGACUGGGGUGGAAAACCGCACCACUGGGGUGGGUUUUGCCACCCCAGUUAACAUGUUAAAAUAGGCCCUGACGUGCCGUGUGGAUGUGGAGCCGAGUGUGGAAACCGGUGUGGAUCGGUCCACGGUGGUAUGUGCUGAGUAGGUGGAUCAGCGUGUAAUCGCGCUGUCAGCUCACAGGAAUGAUGUGAUUAGUCAUAUUUAGUCAUAGCGGACAUAUUUGUCGUCUAGGGAAAUGUUAGGUCAGUAGUCCACUCGUGGGUCAGUAAUCCAACUCAGUUGUAGUCGCGAUGAUAUUUCCAAACAAAUUACAGUUUAUGUUGCUUAUGUUUAUGUUAACGUGAUUUUAGUCAUAAUGUCUCGUCCCACAGUUAAAUGUGUUGAAGCACUACUGCUCUGGUUUACUGAGACUCGCUUUAUUUAUUUUUCCCUAUUUAACACGUUAUAUUAAUCGAGCGUUUGAAUUCAGGUUGGAAUUCAUACACGAGUAGGUGGUUGAACCGCAUGUUGCGCACCUUAACGAUAAACUGCUAGUCGCCGCCCGCCGGUGGUCGAUCACUAGUCAUCCCAGUUGGCUCAAGCACACCAAUCUGUUCAGACUGUCACCAUUCGCGGCGUUCGUACUUACGACGUUUGAAACAGUAACCACGCCUGGGCUGUGAUCAACGGCAAUCGAAAGACAAUAACACGGUAGAUCGACUCCGUCCCUAUCGACGCCUUAAACGAUUAUUGUGGUGUUAAUUAUUCAUAAUAGUUAAAACGAACGAUGUGUCCAUUUCGAGAUGUACUAUAUGCGAGAUCAAAUGUCGCAAAGAUCAGCGUUACAUGUUGUUUGCACACGGUUGGUGCUGUUGUAUGAAGCAUAGCUCACUGCGCCCAGGUAAAUAAAUUACUUAUACCAGC